ACAUCAAUUUCACAUGUGUUUCUCCAGAGAAAUACUGAAGAAAGAAACUUCUUUCCUAAGAACUUUAUAUGCUCUUUUUUGUAGUCAUGCACCUUUUAAAGGUUCUCUAUAGAGGUCCUGCAGAAUGUUAGAUGUUGGCUCUUAUUCAGCCUUUUUUCUUUUGCUCAAUAAAUGAUGAUAAGAUAUCCAGUGAUGCUCAGUGUUCUAACAUAGUUAAAACUCAGUUCUAUGAAAGCCUUGUCAUGGUCCCCCAUCCCUUCCUUCCAUUAUUUAGUUAAUAUCUUCCUUGUAGGCCAGGUUUGGAGAUUUUGUUAAUCACGCAACCACUACAAAAUUUGUUUCCCGUUUCACUUUUCUCCUUGAAAUUUGAAAUUAAGAAAAAAUACAGAGCUACAUCAAGCCUUUGGCAUAGUGGUGUUCCCCAGAUGGCAAAGUUCUGUUCCACUUGAAGAAUCACUGCCCUUUGCUACAUAAAGAAAGAGGAAUUGAGGUGGUCCUCAAUUCCUUGCAAAGGGAGGAUGCAUUUCAUUUUCUACUCUAGCCAUAGCAUUCUUCUUAGCUGCUUUGCUAGAUGAUUGCGAUAUUUUUUAUUGAAUCAGUUUCUUAGGUUAACUACACAACAUUAGAAAAAUUGUGAACUGAUGCAAUUAGAUUAGAUAUUAAAAAUUGGCCAGCUGGCUUGAUUAAUGUACUCGUGAUAUGGAAUCCUUCAAUUCAUUAGUCCUGAUUUCAUAUCAGUGGUCUGCCAUCUGCUUGAGUUGAAUUUGUGUUAACUUUUUAAGGUUUAGCUUUGUGUCUGGUGUUUUCUAAUUAUAGAAUGAUUUAUGAUAAAAAUGGUGGAACUUCUGGUAAAGAUUGAGUAGAAAUUAUAAAAAUGGUGCUUAACUUUGGUAGUAAAUUAAAAAACCUCCAAACUGUGGUAUAAUUUUUUGAAUGAUAAGGAUCUUUCAAAAUUCUUCUGUUUUUCUACUUGAUUGGAUUCUGCAAUAGAUGUUCCAAGUCCUUAACCACUAAACAUUAGAAGCACCUGGUAGCUGGACCUGGUAGCCCACCUGGUAGCUGGACCUGUCGUGAUGUCCAUUCGGUUAAACCAUUAAACAUUAGAAGCACGCUUUUAUUUUUUGCUCGUGAACAUAUGCUAUAUUAAUAAAUAAAAUUUUCCAGCUUGGCAGAGAUUCAAUCUGCUCGAGGACUCGCUGAUGUUUUGAUGGAAAUGCUUAGUGCAUUGGAUCCUAAGAAUCCUGAGGGAGUGAAGCAAGAAGUGAUUGUUGACCUUGUUGACCAAUGCCAAUCUUAUCAGAAGCGUGUCAUGCUUCUUGUGAAUAAUACUGUGGACGAGGAACUUCUGUGUCAGGGAUUGGCACUGAACGAUAACCUACAGCGUGUUCUUCGUCGGCAUGAUGAUAUUGUGAAAGGUACCCCCACUGCAGCAGCAGUUACAACGGAAACUCCUGCUGUGCCACUUGUUAAUGUUAAUCAAGAGGAGGAUGAGUCAGAAGAUGAUUUUGCCCAGCUGGCUCACAGGUCCUCAAGAGAUAAUUCACAGGGACUAGGCAGGAAGCCAGCCAGCACCAAUGCUGAAUCUGUUCGUGUUAGCCCCCUUCUUCCACCCCCACCCUCGUCGAAGAGACCGGUAAGUAGUGAUGCUGGUGUAAUUGACUAUCUCAGUGGAGAAGCUUACAAGUGUGAAGGGUCACCUGAACCAGAGCAUUCUUCUUUUGCAAUUCCAACUCACUCUUUUUCCAACUCUCCAUCGAGACUGCCUUCGCAUGCCACCAACUCUUCUUCACCGCCAAUGUUUAGUGGACAGCCUGUAUAUGAUGAACCAUCUCCCUUGAAUAAAUCUGCUGAGCCCCUGCCUCCAGCUCCUUGGGAUACCCAGCCAAGUGGGAAUCUUCCGCCCCCACCUUCCAGGUAUAACCAACGGCAACAAUUCUUCGAACAACAGCAUGCCUUUCCUGGCAGUGCCACACAGUCAAGCAGCGGCUCUGGUUCGUCUUAUGAUAGUCUGGUUGGGCAAACACAGAAUCUCUCUAUAAAUUCAUCUAAACCAACAAAAGAAGUUAAACCAGAAGAUGCCCUUUUCAAAGACCUGGUUGAUUUUGCCAAAGCCAAAUCUUCACCAUCAUCAUCGUCUAAAUCAAAUAGGUCAUUUUGAGAACAUGUAGUUGUCACUGUGAACUAUUUGAGUGGUACAGUAUGCAAAUAUUCUUGGUUCAUCAGGCUUUGCGUCAGAUUGUUAUAUCCUCUUCCUGUUGUUAAAUAAAGUGGCCUUGGACUUCGUGUUGUGGUUUGUCCAUGCUGUAUUUUAGCUAGUUAUUUGAGGCAUAUUGCUUUGUUCAUCUUCUUGAGUGAACGAUAAAUUGUUUCUUUCAUAAAAGGUGUUAGGAUCUUGCUCCA